UUCGCUUUCGUUUCCUUUUAAAUGCCCAACCAGCCCUGCCUGCAAACCAGCGUAAACACGAAAGCAAUCUUUAAAACAAAUCAUUGUGUCUGAAAAUGUCGUCUGCUGUGUCGAGACACAUAUUCAACUUUCUGUGUAAAAAUGAAGGCUGUUCCGAUUAUGGUGCAGUGGACAGAAAUUUGCGGCAGAGCUUUACGGUUGCGGAUCAAGUGCUGUCUAUGGUGCUCGACGAUCAGGAGAAGUUUGUUAUUAAAGAGGAUGAUGGUGAAGACUCCGACACCAACCAGUCGAUACUAAGUGCUAAAACCCUGAUCAUUGCCAAAACAUCACUGCGAUUAUGCAAAAAUGACAAAUGUCUCGGAUGUGAACAUCUGCACCUGUGCAGAUACUUUGUGUGUGGAAACUGCAGAUUUGGGGCAAAAUGCAAAAAUUCCCAUGGCCUGGACUCCACACAUAAUUCUCUUCUCCUUAAAAAACACGAUCUUCAAGGCCUUACAGCUGGAGAGCUAUUUCGACUUCUGCUUCAAAAUGACCCCUCAUUACUUCCAGAGGUCUGCUUCCAUUACAACAAAGGGAACGGAGAACACGGCAGCUGCAAGCAUAAGACAACUUGCACAUGUCUGCACCUCUGCCAGCACUUUCUGCAGAAUGACUGCAAGUUUGGAGAGUCUUGCAAAAGAGCUCACACCUUUAAUGCAAAUGCUGAGAAAAUCCUGAACGUCCGAGGAAUCGGUCCAGAAAACAGACGCAACCUGCACAAGAUAUACAGGAACAGGUUACUGAUCACCUCUUUGCAAGGGAAACCUUUCAGGAAGAGAGAACCAGCAGCUCCACCAGCAGUGAGGGAACGCACAAGAAACAAAUCUGGCAGCUCUGUCAGUGAAGCUGAUCAAAACGAAAUCUGUCUCUAUUUCUUACGCUCUGGAUGUAGUUUCAAAGACAAAUGCAUUCGCGUUCACCACCACCUACCCUAUAAAUGGCAGAUUUUACAAGCAGAUGGUGUCACAUGGAGCGACUUGGCAAAUCAAGAGGAGAUCGAGAAGGCGUUCUGUAACCCAGCUAAUGAUAUGAGCAUUACUCAGAGCAGCUCUGGGAGUCAGGUGGUCAGUUUUGUCUCAAUGACAUGUGAAGGGUCUUCAGUACGUCGACUGUCCACAGCGUCGUCUGUUACCAAACCCCCUCACUUUAAGCUGACCACCCAGUGGCUCUGGUACUGGAAGAAUGAUGUGGGGGACUGGACCGAAUAUGGAAAAGGGGAAGGUGACUCCAUUUCAAAUAAUGGAACAAGCAGCAAUGACAGGCCCUGGCUCACCGACUUCUUCGCCUCAUUGUGGCUCCAAAAAAACGAUGCACAAUUGACACCUGCAGUUAAGUCGGAUAAAGCAAGGCUUGUCGCUAAAGUCACUUCUGAAAUCCUUGAAAAUGCUUACCUAUCCGACAAUGCCGGAGAAUAUUCAUUCACCUCCGACACCCAUCAGUACAUCCUCACAUUUAAAGGCAUGUAUCAGAGAAAUCUGAUAUACAAGACUAUAAGAGAGGUUCGCAGGAGACCAGGUUUUGUUGCUGCUCAAGAUGUAACGAGCAAAAAGGGAAGCGAGUCUUCAGAUAGCACCACGUCCUCUGUGGAAGUUCCUUCUUACUGGGACAAAGGAUCUCUGCCUAGUUUGACUUACAUGCGUGUUCCUCUGCAGAGCUCUUCUAAGGAAUAUCAAAGAGUUACCUUACUGUUUGCUAGAACAAUGCCCAGAAACACCAUUCACAACAUUGAGAGAGUGCAAAACAUUUCUCUCUGGAGGGUCUUUCAGUGGCAAAAAGAACAGAUGAAGGGGAGGAAUGGAGGAAAGGAUGUCGACGAGCGUUACCUUUUUCACGGUACGGAUGAGUCUCUGAUAGAGCCAAUCUGUGACCAGAACUUUGACUGGAGAGUUUGUGGCAGUCACGGGACACUUUAUGGCAAAGGCAGCUAUUUUGCCAGAGAUGCUUCAUACUCUGACCGUUAUGCACAACCCAAAACCAGCAGAAGAAAGAAGAUGUUCAUGGCAUUGGUGCUGGUUGGAGAGUUCACAAAGGGUAAAAGUAGUUUCGUUCGUCCUCCACAGAAGAACAACAACAAUCAAGGUUUUUAUGACAGCUGUGUUGACAGUGAAACCAACCCGGCCAUUUUUGUCGUGUUUGAGAAAUUCCAGGUCUAUCCAGAGUACAUCAUUGAAUACUCAUAAUCUCCGCAAGCAAAAGUUGGCAGAAUCGGCUCCAUUUAAGAUAUUUUUCAUGUUUAGAUGUGUUUUAAUUUAGCACAGAUCAAGCCUGUGUCUUCUCAAUUAUGUAUUGUGAAUGAAAAGUACUGAUACAUUCAAUCUUUCUGCUUGUAAAGCUGUACUUCCUGUAUUCAUUUUAAUGAAUACCUGAUUAACUGUUAAGCCAAUGAUUCACCAGUGAUUACACAACAAUUCCAAAAUAUGUCAAAAUACCAAAAUGUUUCUGAUUUAGAUGUUUAUAUACACUCCGAAAAAGGCACAAAGGCUGUCACCAGACUAUCUGCUGUACCAAUACGUACAUUUUGAGGUACUAAUAUCCACCCUUUAUAUACAAAUGUAUACUUUUUAAAAGGUAGCUCACUGUCAUUUUUUCAGAGUGUAUAGUAACUUACAUGUUUUACAUGUUAUAAUGUUACAAAGGUGAAUGGGAUACAGUUGCUUAUAUGGUUUCUAAUGAUUCACAGUACAAUACGCAAGUCAAGUACAUAAAGAUUAUUAGUGUGAAAUGCUCACUAAGAACUUAUUUUAUGAAAAGUUAAGAGUGCAUGGGAAGAAUUGGACUAUAUUCAUCACUUAGUCAGUAAUCCUGUGCUUAGGAUCAUAAAUGUUUCCUGGUUCUUCCCUUCAUACGCUUGGACCUCUGUGAACUUCUCUGUCUGUACUGGUGCAAGUAUGCAUAAAAUAGUAUGCAAACAAACCCUUAGUGUUUCUGUGUAACCUCUAGUGGUGAGCUUGAGAAGUGUAGUUAAUUUUAGAGCAGAGGUUUGAUGCCAGUUUGAUGCUUUUUACAGGCAAAAAGCAGACACUUAAGAUCUAGCAGACAUGACAUAACUGACCAAACACGGUUUGUAUGCAUAGUUGAUGUGCUUAUGUUUAACUAAAUAAAAAAAAAAACUUAAAAUAUAUUAACAAUGUGAGGGUGUAAGAUGCUUAACAAUAAAUCAAUUUCAUUUAUUCACACACAUGCACUAAUAAACUAUUUGUUUAUUUCGUCA